GGACAUUGUAUGUGCUGAUGCAGAUUUAAAUGUUUUAAAACGUUUUUUUGUGAAUACCAUGAAAUAAUGAGGAAAAUUGUGAAUGCUCCUUGCGUCUUUGAAGAACGUAUCUGUGAUGAGAAAAAGUGUCAGUGUCUGUUUAGAAUUAAAAAAAAGGCGAAGUUUUGUUUCUGAAGGGCACAACUUGUCUGUAUUCUGCUGUAGUUCUGCAGAGAGCUGUUUUGUUUGUGCAGACCGGACCCGUUAUUGCUGCGAAGGAAACUCCACCAAGCUGCGUUCGAGUUCCUCCUUCUUUGCUACUCGCAUCACCAGGUUUUGGAUUGAUGAGUUUCCACUUGCUUUGCUUUGUAUUUCUGCACUGUGGGGAAGCACCAUCCGCUGUCUCCUCCACUUUAGAACAAGGGCAGGAAGGUGUGUUAAAGUGUCAGGCUAAUUGUGAGCUGUAGGACGGAGGACUGGUCAGACCAGUUGUGUGAGCGCUGGCAGUCCUGUCACAGCAGAGGAGAGUGUUCUGAGGUGACAGAAAGUGUUCCGCAUGCCACGCUGGGUGUGUGGCAGCCUCACUAGAUGGCUUGUUAUUCAAGGUAUGUGGGCAAGCUGGGCUGGGCUAAUCUCAAAAUGCUAAUUCCAAGAUGAGAAGUUACUACCCUGGGUGUUUUAAGUGGACGUGGCAGUGAUUACAUCUUCCUGUGGCACAGGGAGCAGAAGGGUCACGGACCCUGAGGGCGAGACAGACAUCACACAGAGGGGACCGAGGAGCAAGGCGCUCUUGUCACACUGUUCACAUGAUGAUCGGCCCUGCGGAAGGAGCAGAGCAAAUGGUUGGAGAUUUCCAAAGGAAGAUGAUGGAGGGAUAUUUAACAGGAAUGCAAAGCACACUGGAGCCAGUCAAUCUGUCGGACGAUGCCUCUUCCCAGUCCCCACAUAAUGAGAAGUCUGCUAAAACGUCUGGAAUGAAGGACUGCUCAAGCAUCAGUUGUACAGGAGGUGAUGACGCUAUUUCGGGAAGGGAAUCGAGGCUUUUGCCCUCAGAACAGGAUUCAACAGCGAUUGGCAUGAGCAGCGAUGGGGCCCCGGCAGAAAAUGGGGAGCAGCAGCGUGGAGGGUCAGGCUGCUGUGCCCCUACCUGCUCUGAGAGAAAGGCAGAAGGCUCCACAAAACCCGAACCUUUAUCUGGUGAAGAAUUUGAACGAGAUCCAAAAACGAAUCAGACAGAACAGUCGUUAAUGGAAAUAUUACAGGAGCUAAGGGGAGAGUCUGACUUUGGGAAAAACUCUAAUGAUAAAAUUUACUCGGAAAGCCCUUACGACACAGACUGCACAAAGAAGCUUAUUUCCACAAUACAUCAGACUUCCUCACAGGAGGAUUUGCUAAAGGAAAUAGAGUCUGAACUCUUAUCUGCGGAUUUUUCAAAGGAACGAAAAUUCCCAAAUGGUGUGAAGAAGGGUGAACAUGCCUUGGUGGCGUUUGAAAAGUGUGUGCAAGAUAAGUACCUGGAGCAAGAACAAACUAUAAAAAAAUUGAUUAAAGAAAAUAAAAAACAUCAGGAACUGAUUUUAGAAAUUUGCUCAGAAAAGGACAACUUAAGAGAUGAACUGAAAAAACGAACAGAAACAGAAAAGCAGCACCUCAACAUUAUUAAACAGCUGGAAGCGAGAAUGGAAGAGCUUAACAAAGAAGUGAAAGCUAGUAAGGACAAACUUGUAACUCAAGAUGCAGCAGCCAAAAAUGCUAUUCAGCAGUUGCAUAAAGAGAUGGCCUUUCGAAUGGAACAGGCAAACAAGAAAUGCGAAGAAGCACGCCAUGAAAAGGAAACAAUGGUGAUGAAAUACGUCCGAGGGGAGAAGGAGUCGCUUGACCUCCGAAAGGAAAAGGAGAUACUUGAGAGAAGAGUGAGAGACGCAAACAAAGAAAUAGAAAAGCAUACUAAUAAAAUCAAACAACUUUCUCAGGAAAAAGGAAGAUUGCACCAGCUCUAUGAAGCUAAGGAUGGUGAAACCACUCGACUCAACAGAGAAAUAGAAAAAUUGAAAGAAGAAAUCAGUUCUCAUGUUAUCAAAGUAAAAUGGGCUCAGAACAAAUUGAAAACAGAAAUGGAUUCGCACAAGGAAACCAAAGAACGCCUCAAAGAUGCAAUGACAAAAUUAACUGAAGCAAAAGAAGAAGCAGACCAGAUAAGGAAAAACUGUCAAGAAAUGAUAAAAACCUAUCAAGAGUCAGAAGAAAUUAAAUCAAAUGAAUUGGAUGCAAAACUCAGAGUAACGAAAGGAGAAUUAGAGAAACAAAUUCAGGAGAAGUCUGACCACCUGGAGGUGCAUCAUGCAAAAAUAAAAGAACUGGAAGACUUGAAGAGAACAUUUAAAGAAGGCAUGGAUGAGCUUCGAACACUGCGAACAAAGGUAAAGUGUCUAGAGGAUGAGCGUUUAAGAACAGAAGAUGAGUUAUCCAAGUAUAAAGAAAUCAUUAAUAGACAGAAAACUGAAAUUCAGAAUUUGCUGGACAGAGUCAAAACUGUAGAUCGUCUGCAGGAUCAACACCAGAGAGAUGAACAAGAAAUCAGUGCUUUAAAGGAAGAAGUAGAUGGUUUCAGUUCUCUGAUUGCUGAUCUUCAGAAGGACAUUGAAGGUAGUCGGAAAAGAGAGUCUGAGCUAUUGAUAUUCACUGAAAAAUUAACCAGUAAGAAUGCACAGCUUCAGUCUGAAAACAAUUCCUUACAGAGCCAGGUGGAUAAGCUUUCUUACAGCAAAAGAGAGCUCCAGAAUCAGCUGGAAUGUGUUCAACAGACUAAAGAUGAUCUGGCCACCAGGCUGCAGAAGGAGGAGGAUCAACGCAAGCUGGAGGUUGAGACGCUCCAGGCUCAGCUCGCUUCAGAGCAGAAAGAACUAACGGCACUGAAGACCCACGUGGAUGAACUGAAAGACGAACUGGCUACCCAGAAGCGCAAACAUGCAGCAAACCUGAAAGAUCUCACGAAACAACUUCAGCUAGCACGGAGGAAAUUGGAUCAAAUGGAAAAUGGUAAUUAUGACAAAGAAGUCAGCAGCAUGGGGAGCCGUUCCAGCUCAUCAGGGUCCCUUAAUGCGCGGAGCAGCACCGAGGAUCGGUCACCCGAGAACACUGGGUCUGCAGGAGCUGUGGAUAGCUUCCCCGAGGUGGACAAGGCCGUCUUGGUUGAAAGAAUACUAAGGCUACAGAAGGCACAUGCUCGGAAAAAUGAGAAGAUGGAGUUUAUGGAGGAUCACAUUAAACAACUGGUGGAGGAAAUCAGGAAAAAAACAAAAAUUAUUCAGAGUUACAUUUUGCGGGAAGAAGCUGGAACACUGUCAUCAGAGGCCUCUGACUUCAACAAAGUCCACUUGAGCAGACGGGGCGGGAUUAUGGCAUCUCUGUACACAUCUCACCCCGCAGACAGCGGCCUCACGUUGGAACUCUCCUUAGAGAUAAACAGAAAGCUGCAGGCUGUGCUAGAAGAUACGUUACUGAAAAAUAUUACGUUGAAAGAAAACCUUCAGACUCUAGGAACAGAAAUAGAACGGCUUAUUAAACACAAGCAUGAACUGGAACAGAGAAUAAAGCAGACAUAACUAAAAAUUUUAUGGAACAGCCAACAUGAAGAUGCAGAAAAGGCAGGUGCUGCAGACCAGUUUUUCACAUUUUUCCUGAAAUUCCGUUGCCUGCCAGCACAAGCAUCUGGUGUUUUGCAUCUAUAGCCUUUAACCGUACAGGCUUACUCGUGUGAGAGAUCUGCAGGGUUUGGCAUCGCCGUGGUUCUGUCUACCCAGUGCCAGCCUGCGGUGCUGCUGGGUUUUACUACACACUACAUUUAUCUAAAACUUCUAUUUGAAAUGACAUGCAGAUGCUUUGCAGCGCAUACUAUGUUUUGAGUGAGUUGCAGUGAGAUUUUGAUUUCUGCACUGUGUAAUUAAUCAGUCUUAAUGAUGGAGCUUGAAAAAAUAAAACCGAUUAUGUCUUAGUUACUGUUGAACAUAUCCAGUGUUACUGAGCUUUAAGGGUUUUCAGACGUUACUUCCUUUCUCUCAUAUUAUUUCUGAUACUUAGGUUGAUUAAUCAUUUUGACAUAAGCAUGGAAAAAUGCUUUGUCACAAAAUUUGGGGUUUUAAGAGGAGGCUGUGAAAUUGUGUAUAUUCUGCUUUAGAUUAAAGUUCAAUUGGUCAGUUUUUUUCUUCAAAAGAAGUGAAACAACAGUAAAACUAAGGGAUUAAGAAGAUUUCUGACUCAGUUUUGAGUACGUGUAGUUGAAACAUGUCAAUUGAACAAAUCCUGUAAACCCUUGAUCUUUAGACGGAUGAAUCUAAACAAGUCUGAUAUCAGAUAAUUGAUUAAUAAAGUUCUCCAGCCUUCUGUGUAACUAACAGCGUUUAAAAGGUAGGAGUUUUAACCGCUCACUGUUACAAAUAUACAGGUAGACAUCAUGAUUGCAUCUGUUUUCAGAUAAUCAGAAAAUCUAUUUUCAAAGACAAAUAGAAGCUAAUUAAGUUUUCUCAUUAACUGUGGCUACACCAGCCAGUGAAAGUCAUGGGAAGAAAUGGGCAAUACAUCUAAAUGCGAUUUUAAGCUAUUGGUUGGACUAUGAAAGUGGCACAGAAAUCUGUGCAACUCCUUAAUUUUACUGUGGUGAAGAAUUAGUUGGUCAAAGUGGCAUGAACUGAGAAUUUUUACUGAGUCCUUCAGUGGCUGCGAGGGUGAUGGAGGAAGAGUAUCAAGGUGACAAGAUUCCACUUAGUCACAACAUCAUAUUCACAUUUUAUUUCCAGGAUAAGUAAUUUACAGGAUCUGAAAUAUCUCUACUUCAACAGUAAAUGUGUAGAUUUAUUGCCUUUUGACCAAAAAUGAAUUGACCAGAUCACAGUGUAAAUAGAUACUUUGGGUUUUUAUUAAAUACUUGAACUUCCUCUUGUGAUGCAAAAAGAUUCAGUGUACAUUUACAAUAGCAAUGCGUUAGCUAUUUUAAUUGAAAGGAUCCUUGGGGGUGGGAGGGGGGAAUCUGUCUUACCACAGGCACCAUUUGCUGCCUCGUACACAAAACAAGGGGCCCGAAUCCAGCAGUGCACAGGAGGAUAAUUUCUCAGAGCAUCUGUGUGACUUAGGGAAGCGUAUUCUGUUUUCACCGAGUCACGUGAGCUUUGUAAUGAACCAAACUGAGCAAACGGGCCCGAUUUGGUUUGAGGAGUUUGAUUCAAGACAUUGAGGCUUCCUUUUUACUUUAAAGAUGGGCAUCUCUGAAAGCCCGUGUGGGAUCAAGACCUGGUUUGUGGUCCAGGGAGCUUCAGGAGUCGUGGAUGGCAGGUCCCUUCAGUGUCUAAGGAUUAAGUAUUUCUUUAGAAAGGGAGCGUGGAAACAAAUCAUUUAAAACCUGACCAAGCAUUGUAGAAACUGUGAGCCUUUAGUCUGGGUGGGUUUUUAUACAUAUAUUUUUGUAAUUCCUGAGAGUUACCUGCAGCGUUAGGGAAUUUGGAGCAGUCCAGUCAUGGAACUACUUCUGCUUUACUGUUGUCUUAAGUGAUGUGAAGAGGAAAAUACCUGGCUGUGCUGAAACAGGUUUGUCACCAGCUUCCAGGGUCUGAACAGGUGGUUGUUCAUGGCUGAACUUGACCUGCUGAAAGCAAAUGUUUAGAACAAUUUGCAUGUCAAAACAUAGCUUAGCUCUUGUACAUUUGUGUUUACACGCUUUAGCUUACCAGAUCUCUGGAUAUUUUCAGGCAUUCAGCUGAAUGACUCCAGUAUUUUAGAUACCAUGUUAAUAUUGUAAUCAUUUAAUGUAUGUUCUCCAGGUGUACAAUGUGAAUGAAGGAGAGGUGUGGCGCAGAUGGAAUAAGUGCAAUGACAUUGUGGAAAUUCUUAUUUCUUUUUGGGAUGAUUGUUUCUCCUUUUAAGUUAUUUGAGAAACCCCUUUAGCUGUCCUCCUGCCCUCCUGGAAAUGCUGCUCCCUCUCUGCAGCACUACUAGCUUCUCACACUUUUUAUUUCCUUGGUAACAGAGACACACAAAGCAGCCAAAACAUCAAAUUGUUUAUUGUGCAUGUUAUUUUCAUGGACCAAAGUCAUCUUCUACAGGCGUAAUUUUAAACAUACCUGGUAGAGAUGAAAAUUUCAUUCUAGCUUGCACGUUGGCAAAUGACUCACUCCAGUUAGCCCAGAAUGUGAGGAGUACAUAGCAGGGUCAGCCAGGAGCUUUGCUUAACAAUGUUCCUCAUUCCUGAGUGGCAGAGGCUGCCAGGACACCUUGUUGCCAUGGGGCAGAUUGUCGGGAGCGUAAUAUUGUUGGUGCACAUCACGAGAACGGUUCCUGUGCGAAGGUGUGUUCGGGUCAGAGGGUUCACAUGGGGGAGGAUCUGGUGCAGGGUGGGAGCAAGGCCUGUGUAGGAAUCGCGUUUCACUUACCCUUGUUUCGGAAAACUUCACGUUGUGAACCUGAGAUUGAAAACUGUCUUCAAAUAAACUGAAUUUUAGAGAUAAACUGGUAAACUAGUUUUGAAGGCAGCCUGGGGCAGUUAGCUACAUCCCUCUCGUUGGAACUCAGUGUCCAUUAGAGAUGUAAUUGCCAUAGGCUGCUUUGGAAAAUUCCAAGCUUGUAGCUAGUUGUGCCCUACAGGCUUAAACAUCUGUUUCUUAAAUACUCAGGGUGCUCUUUUUAAUUCAAACAUCGCACAUCCAGAUGUUGUUAGAGGCCCUACAGGAAAGCUGCCUAUGCUUUUCCAGCCUCUGUAAAGUCACAGUCUAAAGUCUAAAGUCACUGUCACAGUCUAAAGCCAGAGCCUCUGAACUGAAGAAUACCAUUUUAUUAUGAUUUUAUAGAAAUCAUUGGUGUUUUGCUGCAUAGACUUGUGCAAUAUUUUUAAUUUUGGUCUGCAGAAACCAGUGGAAAUCAAUUUGUUCCUCGAUGUGUUUUCAUCUUGUUGCUGGCAAAGUGUGUUGUAUCUCCAGCUAAUAAAACUGAAGUUACUCUCUUGAAAUGUUUUUCAUUACAAUAUUUUGGUUCAUGACUGAAAAAUUUUUUAAAAGUUAAAAAUAAAAUCUCUGGCUUCCACUAAAUCGAGUGUAAAGCUGGGUUUCCCACAUGUUGCAGAGAUUCGAAUCUAGGAGGGGGUUCAGAGGACGACGUCUGUCCAAAUGAGCCUUCACCCUCCCCAGUGUCCGUGGAAAUGAGUGUGAUGGUCAAUGUCAGCAGUAGGUGGCACCAGAAAUCAGAUUUACUGUGUCUUCACAACAACCUGAAACUGGCACAGGGCAGAAAGCUGCGUUGCAGGGGGAGCUGGGUGAUAUUUAGAGCUUUUCCAAGAUGAAUGGGUGUUUCCUUCCCUUUUUUGUGUUAUAACCGAAACUACGUUGAAUCUUCCAAUAUAUGUAUGUAUGUUGUCUGUCUAGGCACAGAUUGUCUAUUGAUUUAAUUUUGUAGAUACCUGUUUCUGUAUAAAGUUUUUGAAGAGACCACUAUACAUUAUGUAUAUAUUGCACUUUGAAAUAAUAAACAUACAAAUGUGUGAAA